AAAUAAGCUGAAUUUUAACCUUAUUAUUGUAACAAAACUGAGUCAGUUUAAGUUUGUGGUUAAUUUAUACUGGCUCUAGAGUUUCUGAGUGUUAUGCUAUAUGGUGGACUUCAUUACCUGUUUGAUCCUCCCUUUUUACCAUGUAUGUCAGUAGUAUCAAAUAGCAAGCAUGUUGCUAUUUUCAGAGUAAUCUAAAUGACAGAAAGGCUGCUGGAAUAAUCUACAAGAUACAACGCAGGUUUAUUUUCAAUGUAUUCUCUGUUUUUUUUUUUAUACUUUUUGAUAUUUGAAACAAGAAUAACCCUCAAUACAGUUUGUUUUACUUCUCUUUUAUCGGUGCUGGUUUGAUUUCUCCAAUGGUCGUUUUUCAUGUCCUUGUUUUGUGGGAGGUACAGGAGCUGAGGUCAAACUAGAAUGAGGGACAGUGGUAGGUAACGUGGUUGAACAGGGUAUGUUUGUAAAGCACUGCAAAGUAGAGGUGUAUCUCACAGAACUGAAGCUGUGUGAGGAUGGAAACAUGGACAAUGUUGUAACUAGACGAUUUAGCAAAGCAGACACAAUAGACACCAUUGAAAAGGAGAUGAGAAAAUGUUUUACUAUUCCUGAUGAAAAGGAGACUAGAUUGUGGAACAAGUACAUGAGCAGCACAUUUGAACCUUUGAACAAACCUGACAGCACCGUACAGGAUGCUGGUCUUUACCAAGGGCAGGUAUGGUACAACGCAGUGUCUGCAGAAAAGGUUCUUGUAAUAGAGCAAAAAAAUGACGAUGGAACGUGGCCAAGAGGCUCUUCUACACCCAAGUCACCAGGUGCUUCACAUUUUUCAGCUUUGCCAAAGAUCUCACCUUCAUCUCUAUCAAACAAUUAUAACGGCUUCAACAACAGAAAUGUAAAAAACUCAAACUACUGUACCCCAUCAUACUCGUCUUAUAACAACUAUGAUUAUCAAGAGCAAGGAAGACACAAUGAGCAGCCCGGCCUGUGUGGCUUGUGUAACUUGGGGAACACUUGUUUCAUGAACUCAGCUGUACAGUGUUUAAGUAAUACACCGCCACUAACGGAGUACUUCUUAAAUGAUAAAUACCAGGAAGAGCUGAACAUGGACAAUCCUUUAGGGAUGCGAGGUGAAAUAGCAAAAGCCUAUGCAGACCUUAUUAAGCAAAUAUGGUCAGGAAAAUUCAACUAUAUUACUCCAAGGGCAUUUAAGACGCAAGUUGGCAGAUUUGCACCCCAGUUUUCUGGCUACCAACAACAGGACUCUCAAGAACUCUUGGCUUUCCUCCUUGAUGGAUUACAUGAAGAUCUAAACAGAAUAAGAAAGAAGCCAUACAUUCAGCUUAAAGACACAGAGGGGAGGCCAGAUAAGGUUGUUGCAGAAGAAGCUUGGGAGAUCCAUCUAAAACGGAAUGACUCUAUCAUUGUAGAUAUUUUUCAUGGCCUCUUCAAAUCAACCGUAGUCUGCCCUGUGUGCUGUAAGGUUUCAGUGACAUUUGACCCAUUCUGUUAUCUAACUAUUCCAUUACCAAUGAAGAAAGAGCGCACAUUGGAAGUGUACCUGGUCCGCUUGGAUCCACUUACAAAACCAAUGCAGUACAAGCUAGUUGUUCCUAAGGUUGGGUAUCUAUCAGAUCUGUGUGCAGCCCUCUCAACCUUAAGCGGAGUACCUGCAGACAGGAUGAUUGUAACAGAUAUAUACAACCAUAGAUUUCACAGAAUAUUUGCAACCGAUGAAAACUUAAGUAGCAUCAUGGAACGGGACGACAUUUAUGUAUUUGAAAUGGCUAUUAAUAGGUCAGAAGACACGGAUCAUGUUAUCAUCCCUGUGUAUCAACGGGAGAAAUACAGGCAAUCUGGGUACGACCACAGUGGCUCCCCUUUGUUUGGUCAACCAUUUUUGAUCACUGUGCCAAGAGUCAUAAGUGAAGACAAGUUCUAUAAUAUGUUACUGUUGAGAAUGUGUCGAUAUGUUCAGACAACAACUGAAAAUGAUGAGGUAGAAGAAACCCCACGCUGUUGCAAAGAGCGCAGUAUUAAUGGCAACGGCUCUAACGGAGUACACGAGGAAGGGUCCCUAAGUGAAAUGGAGACGGACGAACAGGAUGACGAAUCUAGUCAGGAUCAGGAGCUUCCUUCAGAAAAUGAUAACAGCCAAUCAGAGGGGUCUGUGGGAGGAGACAAUGACCUGGAGAAUGGGAUUGGUGCCGAUCAAAAGAGCAAAGGGCAACAGCAGCUUGUGGGACACAAAAAGCGACUCUUUACAUUCCAGUUUAACAACUUGGGAAACACAGACUUCAAUUACAUGAAAGAAGAGACCGGGCAAAUACGGUUUGAUGACAGACAACACAGGCUAGACGAGAGAUCCUAUCUGUCUUUGGACUGGGAACCAGGACUGAAGAAAAGAUAUUUUGAUGACAGUGCAGCUGAGGAUUUUGAGAAGCACGAAAGCAUGGAAUAUAAACCUCAAAAAAAGGUCUUUGUCAAAUUAAAAGAUUGUAUUGAGCUUUUCACUACAAAGGAAAAACUUGGAAUAGAGGAUCCAUGGUACUGUCCGAACUGUAAACAACACCAGCAAGCCACUAAGAAGCUAGAUCUGUGGUCGCUGCCCCCAGUUCUUGUGGUACAUGUGAAACGCUUUUCCUACAGCAGAUAUAUGAGGGACAAGUUGGAUACCUUGGUGGAUUUUCCUAUAAGUGAUUUGGACAUGUCAGAGUUCCUGAUCAACCCCAAUGCCGGCCCCUGUCGAUAUGAUCUGAUUGCUGUAUCUAACCACUAUGGAGGAAUGGGUGGAGGACACUAUACUGCCUUUGCUAAGAGCAAAGAUGAUGAUAAGUGGUACUACUUCGAUGACAGCAGCGUUUCAAUUGCAUCUGAGGAGCAAAUAGUGUCCAAGGCUGCGUAUGUACUCUUCUACCAGAGACAAGACACAAUCAGUGGAACUGGUUAUUUUGCACUUGACCGGGAAGCUGAGAAAGGGGCUUCAGCAGCUGCAGGGGCUCCAGCAGAGAGCGAUGAAGACUUGAAUGAAAAUGACAAUGAUGAGCAUGAUGUAGAAAAUGAAAACUGUAUGCACACUAACUAAAAGGACUAUCUGAAGCCAUAAACAAAAAACCUCCAUGCAGAUUGAGUCACUGUUGUUUAGCUUUAAUUUAGAAUGGGAAUGUGUUUAAUAGCUGCACUGCAGUGCUGAAUGCUGAUGAUGUAAGAGAAUCGGAUACUUGCAGAUAUAUAGCGCAUUCCCCUAUUUUCAAAUUUAAAGAAUGUUGGAGAUUUGUGAGAUAUGACUUUUUUUUUAUUAUUAUUACUCAGAGGUACUACAUACAUAUGUUUGCAUAUGCAUUUUAAUUACUGCUUUGUAAAUACUUAAGAUGAGCACUGAAACUGAGUUUUCAUAAUGUUGGUGAACCUGCUGGACUUUCGCGGAUAUUGCACUAUUAUCCCCAAUAUAUUAGUGCCACAAGUUCAGCAAUUGUUUUAUGACUUCUCAGAGAGUCUUUACAUUAGUGUUUACUGCUUUAAAAAAAAACCUGCCUUUAAAUUGCAGAGUAAAUGUGUGUGAUCAGACAUUUCUACUACUUUGAAGUACAGUGACAAGUUUCAUGAAUCUUUUUUUAUAAUAGUUGUGAUCAUUUUAAAAGCUGCUGAUAGACUGAUUCUGGGUUUUAGAUCUCUGUGUAAUAAUGCCUCUUUGUUACCUGGUCCCUCAUUCAUGCUCUGUUAAGUAUGCAGAUUUAUUGCAUUUGCCAUUAACACCUAAAACGCACAACACCAAAUGGAUAUUUGCCCUAGUUCAAUGCGAUUUUGUUGUGCUUAAAGCUUUGCUUCAAAACAAAAAAUCCAACUGUAUAUUAUCUAUAUAUUGGCACUCAUCUUGCACAAAUACUUGCCAGAAGAUUUUUUUUAGUUUUGAGGUUAUACAUGUUGGUGAUGUAGUAGUUCUUCUGAUUUGAUUUUGUUAUCCAGAAGAAAAUCACCAUAGCCUUACUAUAAUCUCAGAAGAUGUGCAUAGUUAAAAUAACAUCUGCAUGACAGUCUAAUAAACUGAUACAUAUCAAGUAAGUUUUAAGCCUCGAAUUUAGCACUGAUCAGUAAAAGGGGCUAGGAUGCCAAUAAUAAAUAAAUAAAAGUGUGGAGUUUUGAUUGAUGCCUUCCAUAGGAUGUAGUUCUAGGAAUGUAUUUUUUAUUUUUGACUACCUUUCAUAGUAGAUCUGCUAAUGCUGGGGUACGCUACUAAUAUCUAAUAUCUAAUACCUAAGUAAAUGCCUAAAUACCCACUCGCAGGAUAAAGAGAUGGUGGUCUUAAAUAGGAAAAAUGAAAUAAACAUAUAAUAAGCUAUGAAUAUUGUAUAUAAAGGUUCACUCUGUGAGUGCACAUAUGGUAAAUUAUUUUAUUUAUCUUAGUGUUGCUGAUAGCGAUGUGUGAGACCAGGAUUGCGUGAGAUCUAGGGGGUAUGGCUUUGCUCAGUAACUCUUCUGGAUGCUGUUUUGUUCCUGGUAUUUUAAGGUUGCUUUUUGAUUUGGAAUUGUUCAAAACUUUUUUUUUUUUUUUGUAAAGUUAAUUCUAACCUCCCAUAUUACAGGGGUUCAUGUUUUUGUCUGCACUUGAGUUCACUUGGGUUUACAUUUGAAAUGUGCAUGUUUAUUUAUACAAGUUAAAUAAAGAUAUGCAAGGCCUUCA